GCCAGACACGAUGAAGCUGGCCUGCGCUCUCCUUCUCUGCAUAAGUUGUCUGCUGAUGGACACAACCUCAGCCCAAGUUAAUAAGGUGGCCACCUGUUGCCGUAAAACCGUCAGGAAUCGGAUCCGUCUAACCAUGCUGGAUUCCUACUACAUUCAGGACAUCGCCAUGUGCCCCAUCAAAGCAGUGAUUUUUGUUACAGUGAAAAAUAUAAGACUGUGCUCAGACCCCAACGAUCCCUGGGCCCAGACCGCUAUGGACUACCUGGACAAAAAGAACACCUCUCAAACUUCUCACACCACGCCACAACUAAAACAUCAACAACCCUUUCACAAAAGGCCAACAAGAGCCUUGUAAAGCAACACACAAAAUCCUCAUGACUCCGGAGAGCAGGAACACUGAAUAUUUGAAUGUAUGACAAAUAUGCCUUUAAAGAGAUACCUUUAUUAAUAUUAUUAGAUUAUGUGUACAUUUUUCCAUCAAGAAACUAUGUGUCCUCGACUGUGAAUGUGGACAAUUAUUGUGGCUCACCUUGAUUUAUAGAUGCUAAAAUAAUGUAUAUUUAUAUAUAAUUGUAAAUGUACAAAGUAAUGGCAGUUUGUCUGGGAAGGCUGUCCAUUGCCAUUCUCAAUAAAACUU